AUGCGAGCUUGGUUCCUUGCCUGUUUUCUUGCACUCAUCACACUGCAGGCGGCCGUACUUGCAGCACGGCUAUCUGCUAGGUCUCUCUUGCCCGAGCAACGCAUCGCUAUCAGGGAAUCCCUGCCGGAUCUGUACGAGGCAUCAGUUGUUGAACUGCAAGCCGGUCUGCAAUCCGGAUUAUUCACUAGUGUAGACCUCGUCAAUGCCUAUUUCGCGCGCAUCGAGGAAGUCAAUCUACAGGGCCCAAUACUCCGUGCUGUCAUCGAGACGAACCCAUCUGCGCUAGCGCAGGCGGCCGCUCUGGACGCAGAGCGGCUCGAGACCGGUCCCCGCAGCUUGCUACAUGGCAUACCGGUACUGGUGAAGGAUAAUAUUGCUACGAUUGCCUCCGAGGGAAUGAACACAACGGCUGGAUCGUACAGUCUGCUUGGCUCUGUUGUCCCCGCUGAAGCUGGUGUCAUCACAAAGCUUCGCGCCGCCGGAGCGAUCAUUCUGGGCAAGGCCAACUUGUCUGAGUUCGCCCAUUUCCGAGGCAACCUGGCCUCAGGCUGGUCCGGCAGGGGCGGUCAAUGCACGAAUGCGUACUUCCCUCAUGCCGACCCCUGUGGUUCGUCUGCGGGCUCUGCCGUCGCUGCAUCCAUCGGGCUGGCAGCAGUUACCCUCGGUACUGAGACAGACGGAAGUAUCACCUGCCCCGCAAACCAAAAUAACCUCGCGGGAAUCAAGCCGUCAGUAGGGCUCACGUCUCGUGCAGGAGUCAUCCCUAUCUCCGAACACCAGGACACCGUCGGACCCCUAACGCGCUCCAUGGCCGACGCCGCAAUCGUGCUCUCCGUCAUAGCAGGCCCGGACCCGAACGACAACUUCACGCUCGCUCAGCCGUCCCCCGUCCCCGACUACACGCUCGCGCUCGACCGGAACGCGUUCGCGGGCAAACGCAUCGGCGUCCCUCGCGCGGUGUUCUUGAACGACUCGAUCACGGGGAACGACCCGUACGUGAAUGAGGUGUUCGAGGCUGCGUUGGAGGUUAUGAAGGCCCUUGGCGCGACGGUGGUGGACCCGGCAGACUUGCCGAGUGCAGAAGCGAUUGCGACGUCGAAUAAUGAGUCGACAGUGCUGGAUACGGAUUUCAAGAUCCAACUCAAUGCGUGGUAUGAGGGGUUGCUGUCCAACCCAUCCGGUGUGCGGUCUCUCGCCGAGCUCAUUGCCUUCGACAACGCCAAUCCAACUCUGGAAGAGCCUGCAAGGUACACAGACCAGUCGGAGCUCAUUGCCUCCGAAGCAACGACUGGGUUCAACUCAACAUACUAUGCGGCGCUCGCGUACGACUAUGAGAUGGGACGGACGAACGGGAUCGACGCAGCGCUGGAGAUGUACGACCUCGACGCAUUGGUUCUCCCCGCGCCAGGCUUCACCACCGUCCCCGCAGUCCCGCUUGGCUUCUAUCCCGACAACAUCACGAUUGGCCUCGCGGGACCGGAGACAGUGUAUCCCGCUCCUGGCGUCCCUAUCGGCCUGUCCUUCCUCGGUACGGCUUGGAGUGAGUUUGACCUAGUAUCGUAUGCGUAUGCAUAUGAGCAGCACACGCACACACGUCUCGCGAGGAAGGCGUACGCCGAGGCCAUCCCGACAACGCAGUUGUGGGAUGUCAUUUACGGGGCCUAGGCAUAUGCUGGCGGGGGACAUCGGCGUCGUGGUAUCGGAUAGGCAGUCUGUCAAAAGACGUUCCAAACGGAUGAGUAAAACAGUACUGUUAUCCGAAAUGAUAAGUGUUCGCAGCGAAUCUCUUUUUGGCAAGAUUAGUAUCAGGAACGCUUUCGCCACGAUGUCUUCGCGUGCUGCUGUGGGUCCAUAGCCAGCGGUCCAUGCAUGUGGUGAUCAUAACAUAACGUUCAUGGAGAUCGUUCGAUCAAGUGAUGAUCGAAGCGAGUGUUCAUACGAGCUACCACACAGAUCAACAGACGACACCGUAUGCCUGAAUCGGACGUGGAAACCAGGCGCACGUACGUAUAUGCGGGGGAUAUCGUUGUUGCCUUCAUGUGGAAAAGCGAUGCUGUGAACCAAUGAAGGACGGAAUCUACCGUUGGCCCGUCUCAUGCCCCGCUGAUCGCAGAAUCGGACAAUCAUGCUGUUACUUGCUGACAGCAGGCGCAGCC